AUGGCGGAAGAUGCUGCGGCCAUCGAGGACAAGGCCCCUGAUGGAGACAUGAACAUUGUCUCCGGCUUGCUGGUGGCGCAUGUCGAGGAGGUGAGGAACCACAUUGACGAGGAGCACAAUGCCUGGACUUUGAAAAUGUGGUGUCGGAUGGAUCGAGAUGGGAACGGCUUCAUCAACCGUGCGGAGCUGGAUUGUGAGGAGUUUCGGGGAAUCAUCCGCUCGGUUCUUGCACCCGAGAUGGGGGCCGUCAUGGGUGGCGUCGAGUACAUGAGGAGCGAGCUCAACAUGAGCCAAGCAAUCAACUACUGCCUCAGCUCUUUGGCGUCGAAGGAAAAGCAGACCUCAACCGUGACAAUGUCCUCUCUUUCGCCGAAUUCAACAGCUUCCUCCGUGUUCUCAAGAACCAAGAUCUAG